UGUUCGCACCCCUUUAUCGAUAAACUAAAAAGUUUUAUACGUAAUAAAGUGUACACUAUACAGUGUAGAGUGUUUCUAAACGGUUCAUAUUUUCUAUACUGUUAAUUUUCGCUGUGUUAAAUAAGCUGUGGAUCAAGUUGGUUCUGGAAUGUAGGGUGGAAUAUCUGAACAUGAAGUUGCUUCUGUUGGAGUUUUGGAGGUGGAUUAUAUAUUCAAACACGGCAUGGUUUAUUCUUCUUCUUCCCUUCAUCACAGGGGUUGGUGGGCUACGGAACGUCACUAUCAGGGUUCCUCUAGCCGUCACUGCAGGCGCCACCGUCUCUCUCUUCUGCAGCUAUGAUCUGGAGAACGAGCCUCUCUACACCAUCAAGUGGUACAAGGGAAGACAAGAAUUCUUCCGCUACGUGCCCAAGGAACUGCCUCACACUAGGGUGUUUCCCAUCAAGGGGUUCAACGUGGAUGUGAGCCUGUCAGGACCAGAACGCGUCGUCCUGAGAGAUGUCAACAGAGCCAUGUCAGGUCGCUACUUAUGUGAGGUGUCUACCGACGCCCCGGACUUUCUAACCAUGGUGGUGGCUGCUAACAUGAAUAUAGUGCGACCGCUGGACCAGAAGCCAUUAUUGGAAGUAGACAAAACAAAAUACUCCCUCGGGGAAACUCUAAGAGGAAACUGUACUUCACCACCCUCCAGCCCUCCAGCGAACCUCACACUAUACGUCAAUGGGAAUAAGGUCCGGCCAGGACCUUUCAUGAAGUCUCACUUCUUUGGGGAGGAAGAUCACAAGGUGACGAUCACGGAGGUGUCACUAGAAGUCAACAGUUUCCUUGGGUCUAGAGUGAGACUGCAGUGUGUAGCAGACCUGUUCGGAGUGUUCACAUCGUACAGUGAAGUGAUUGAAGUGGUUGUGGUCGAAGACAAACCCAUCUUGGCCUCAGUUCUGGACAACAGAGAGAACCGAGGUCAAACAAGUAGGAGUUUUGUCCUACUGGUAUCAACGCUAGGAGCGCUAGCGUCUCUCCUCAGGUAGCAGAUGUAAGCGCGUGAACUACUUCUACCGAUUCGGAAUCGUUUCCUUCCAAUCAAAAGUUAAUAAAUAAAGAUGUUACCAAUUUGAAAAUUGUCAUGUGAAAAAGAUAACUAUAUUACAAUGUUGAUGGGGUGUGUUAAUGUUGAGAAGCUCAAGUCUGUCCCAUUUUUAUGUCCCUUUCCCCUUCUAAUUGCUUUUAACCCAUUUGCUACAAGUUUUGUA